AUGGCUAGCCCACCUGUGCUAGCUUUCGAUGCUGAGGGCCGCCCAGUGAAGUUUGACACCUGGCUAGAUGACCUGCACCUCUAUGUACACCUCACUGCCAAGGACGACAUCUCACUGUACGACCACGCCCUAGGCCAUGUCACUGCCCCUGCUGCUACUACUGCUGACAGCACUGCCCGCUCACAGUGGCAGACUCAUGACGCCCACGCUCGCUUUGCUAUUCGCAACUCCCUGCCGAUAGAUGAGCGCGAGCAUUUUGGGCAGCACAAGACUGCACAGGCACUGUACACAGCUGUCGUUGCCCGCUACUCCUCAUCGGCCUCUGCCGCACUAGGCCGUCUCUCUCUUCCCUACCUGUUCCCCGACUUAGCCUCUUUCCACACAGUCGCUGACCUCAUUACGCACCUCCGCACUAGUGAGGCUCGCUUCCGCGCCACUAUGCCUGAUGAGUUCCUUGCCAAGAACCCACCCCCGCUCUGGCUCACUCUCUACCACCUAGUCACCCGCCUCCCUUACACUCUGCGCUCAAUCAGGGACCACUUCCUAGCUCGCUGCCCCACUGAGCUCACCAUUGCCCUCCUCGAGAAGGAACUGCUUGCAGCUGAGGCUAGCAUAGUCGUUGUAGGUGCCUUUCGUGGCGACCCCCGUACCCCGUUCUUUGAGGGGUGUUCUCCUUCCCCCCUUCUUCCCUCUGUCGCCUCUGCUGCUGCUGUCGACCUCCUUGGUGCUGAGAAGGUCGGGACUGCGUCUGCUUCGAGCGGGCGCCGCAGCGGCAAGGGCAAAGGGGGCAAGGGCGGUGGCGGUGACGGCGGGGGAGGCGGUGGUGGGGGCGGUGGCGGCGGUGGGGGUGGUGGCGCGACUGGAGGGGCUACUGGCAGCAGUGGGGGUGGUGGCGGCAGCGGCGGGGGAGGUGGCAGGGGCGGAGGCGGUGGUGGGGGUGGCGGUGGAUGCGGCGGCGGCAGGGGUUGGGGUGGUCGAGGAGGUGGCGGCGGCGGUGGUGGUCGUGGAGGCGCUGGCGGUGGCCAGGGCCAGCAGCACACUCCGUUGCCCCAGGAGGGGAUUGAUAUCUAUGCUCUAGACUUUGAUGCUAUUCUCACUGCUAUGUAUGUGAUGUCUACUAGUGGAGAGGGUGCUGAGUACCUGUGUGUGCCGCCCGACCCGGGCAUUAGAACUAGUGCGUCUGCUGCUCCACGUACUCGCGUGUCUGCUACCCCAAGUGCUGGUGAGGCAGCUGCUCUAGGUGCUUCUCGCUGCUUCUUUCGUGACCGCACUGCCCUUGAGCCGCUUGCUCGGCCAGUUGCUGUCUCCCUCGCUGACCCCUCUGGGGGUCCGGUCAUUGCGACCUCCUCCACUGUCCUCCCCUGUCCUGCGGUCCCGUCGGGCACACUGUCAGGUCUCCACCUCCCCUCGUUCUCUACGAACCUGGUGGCAGGAUGUGCGCUCCAGGACGGGGGUGUUCACCAGUUCACCCCUGCCUACGAGCGAGUGACACACUGCACGUGUGCUCGUACGGGCCGUCACUUGGCUACCUUCACUCGGCAGCUCGGGUCGGACCUGUACACACUGACCACUGAGUCCCCUCAGGUCGCUGCGUCUGCGUCUGCGUCCGCGUCAGGUCAGCUGUCGGCCCCCUGCUCGUGUCGCUCUCUGGCACACGAGACUGUCCUCUGGCACCACCGCCUUGGCCACCCGUUUGUGCAGUGGCUUCGUGCCAUGCACUCCCGAUACCUUGUCUCUGGCCUUCCCAGGGUCCUUCCUCCCCUCCCUCCCUCACCUGCUCCUCCCUGUCUUCCCUGUGUUGAGGGGCGGCAGCGCGCCGCUCCUCACUCCUCCUCGUGUCCCCCAACAACUGCUCCCUUGCAGACGCUCCACAUGGACGUGUGGGGCCCAACCCGCGUCCGUGGUCAGGGUCAGGAGAGGUACUUCCUGAUAGUUGUUGACGACUACUCGCGCUACACCACGGUCUUCCCCUUGCGCACCAAGGGUGAGGUCCCUGAUGUCUUGAUCCCUUGGAUCCGCAGAGCUCGUCUCCAGCUCAGCGAGCGUUUCCGCUUGGACUUUCCUGUCCCGCGCUUGCACUCUGACAGAGGUGGUGAGUUCUCCUCCGACCUCUUGGCAGCCUACUGUGCUGAGCACGGCAUUGACCAAUCGUUCACGCUUCCGGCCUCUUCACAGCAGAAUGGGAUUGCGGAGCGCCGCAUUGGCCUGGUCAUGGAGGUCGCCCGUACCUCCUUGAUCCAUGCGGCUGCCCCCCACUUUCUGUGGCCGUUUGCGGUCCGGUUGGCGAUGCGUCGCGUUUUCCGGGUCUGGGGAUCUCGAGCUUUUGUCCGCGAUACGUCUGCUGACAAGCUCUGCUCCCGUGCUGUUCCUUGCGUCUUCCUCGACUUUGUCCCGGACGUGCCUGGUUGGCAGUUUUACCACGCCACCUCGCGCCAAGUCUUGCCCUCUCAGGCUGUCACUUUUGACGAGUCCGUCCCCUACUACCGCCUCUUCCCCUACCGCACUGCCCCGCUCCCCCCCCCGCCUCUCUUCCUCGCGCCAGGUGCUGCUGUCGUAGACCCCCUCCCCCCUCAGGGUGCCGCUCCCUCAGGUGCGUCUCAGGUAGACCCGGUUGAGCCUGUUGAGGUAGCUGUCGACUCUCGUCCUACUGCGGCGUGGGGGUACUGA